UCCCCAACCCGGCGGCCCAGGAGGCCACCACAGCACCGUGCUCAAGUGCAGCGCGGCUGUUCCCACAUCUUAUCAUAUCUAUUCACCCUUACCACUUCCAUCAUAUCUAUUCAUCCUUACCACUUCCAUCAUCUCGUCGUCCGCCAUGUCUUCUUCACGUGACUAUGACCGUGGGAGGAAUCGGCGGGGACUUGCAGGCGUCGGGGACAGUUCACCACCGCCGGCGGUUCCGGAUCCCCCACCCAGCAGGCCCGUCGGCGGAUCAUCGCUAGGGGGAGGCUCCUACUUCUCAUACAGGACCGCCCUUGAUAGCAGGUCGCCGACUCCAUCCCAGUCCACCAUCGGGGAGAGUUCGUCCCAGAUACCGCAAUAUGAACAUGAACGCACAUUGCCUAGCCCGCCUCCACGUGAUAUUCAACGCUUUGGAGGGAUCGCCUCGGCAUCAAACAGCUAUGGUCCACUGCAACCACGGGGGUCGGCCGGGAUCUCAAGUUCGGGGCCGAGGGUCACCCAGCGGGGCUCAUACACCCAAACGUCGCUGCUGUCAAGGCCGCUGCUGGAAGCCCGGAACAAUGGUCCAAGCCUGUUAGCUGGCCCGGCAAGCGAAGAUGGUCCGCUCUGGGAACCAGAGACACCUAGACCACCGGAUCUCCCCUUCCCUUAUCACCUCCCGCCCGCACCAGCCGGCAUGUUUGGGCCUAGUUCUAGAACCCCCCGUGAGCGCUGUCGCUGCUGCUCGCCAUCGCACAAGUCAGUAACGUGUCAGAAGAUGAUGUCCCAGUGUGAGUUGCUCCCUUUCUCAUGCUCAAACCCACCCGCCCACUGUCUUUAACGUCUGCAUCUCGGUCAUGAACGCAUCUCGGUCAUGAACGCAUCUCGGUCACGAACGCAUCUCGGCCAUGAACUGACAGCAGCUGCAGUGCAAGCCGCCAGCGAAUACCAGCAGAGACAAAACGCGCCGCUGGACCAACGAACCCAGCUAGUUCAGCGUGCAGU